CCGAGAAUAACUACUGGAAAAUGAGCGGCCGAUGGGAACGGCGUGUGGUCCACAACAAAAUGGCGGAGGCGGUGUUACCAAAGAGCUCUAGGGUCGGUGACGCCAUUUAGCGGGUGUCAUGGCGUUUCUGUAGGAACCUGAUUGGAGCUCGCUGAGCCAUCUUGUCACCAGAAGCCAUGGAUGAAGAGAGUCUUGCCUCGGCUCUACAAACCUACAGGGCUCAGCUGGAGCAGGUGAAGCUCGCCCUCCAUAAUGACGUGGACCCGUCGCAAAAGGCAGACCUUACCCAGCUGGAGGGCGACUUACAGCAGCUCAUUGAACUGACAGAGUCCAGCCUGUUGUCUGUGCAGAAGUCUAACCUUCUGUCUGCUCUGGGAGAACCAUCAUCCUCAUCAUCUCCGGAUGAUGAAUAUGAGGCCUUCAAAAGGGCGAUCACCGAGGUAAGCAAUGAAGAUGAACCUCUGGAGACAUCGGGUCCAAAUUCUGAGGAGGAGGAGGAAGAAGAGGAAGAGGAGGUCAGUGGAAUGAAAGUAAAAGCCCCUUACUACAGCACAUGGGGGACGUUAGAAUAUCACAACGCUAUGGUCGUGGGCUCAGAACAGAUGGAAGAUGGAGGUUCCGGGGUCCGAGUUCUGUAUCUUUACCCCACACACAAGGCUAUGAAACCCUGUCCCUACUUCCUGGACGGAAAAUGCCGCUUUAAUGAGAAUUGCAGGUUUUCCCAUGGACAGGUUGUGUCCAUAAAUGAACUCCAAGUCUUUGAAGAACCAGAUCUGAGCAAUGUUAGGAUUGACACCCCCUGCCUUGCCAAACAUGAGGAUGGCAUCUGGUACCCAGCACGAAUUAUUGAUAUAGACGACAAUUUCUACACUGUGAAAUUUGACUCUUUGCUACUAAAAGAUGCUGUUCUAGAAGCUGACGCCAUUAUACCUCCUCUGCGAGAGAGCAACAGUUCAUCCUCAGAGGAUGAGGACCUAGAGGGAGAGGAGGAAUCUGGGUAUGCCAGAGUACUGGACAGUGGAGAGGUCGGGGUUACUCCCAGCAGUACUGAGUUUGCAGGAUGGGAGGCUCACACCCGUGGGAUAGGGUCAAAGCUCAUGGCUCGAAUGGGAUAUGAGUUAGGAAAAGGUCUUGGGAAAAAUUCGGAAGGGCGAGUGGAGCCUGUUCAGGCUGUGGUGUUACCCAAAGGCAAGUCCUUGGACCAGUGCUUAGAAUUCCAGCAGCGGAAGCUAAAAGGGGGUAAACCCAUUCCCAAAGCCAAGAAGAAGCGCCUGUCCAAGCCACUGAGAGCCAGGAAAAGUGCUGGUGCUCGCCGUAAUGUCUUUGACUUCUUAAAUGAAAAACUCGAACACAAAUCUUCCACUAGACCAGCAGCAGACACCAGCCUUGAGAGGAAAGGCAAGGAAGUCUACAACGCCAGCAAGGGUAGCAAGCGGGCACUGAACAUUGCACUAGCUCAGACAACAGAGAAGAUCCUGCAGAAGCAGAGAGAGAUUGGGGGGAUGACUGAGGCUCUGGCACGGAACGUGGGGAGAGACAGCGUGGUGAGCUUACAACUGGAAAGCCGUCUCUCGAACGCUCGGACUGAGCUCGCAGAUCUGCAAAAGCAGGAGAGGAGUCUACAGAAAGAGCAGAAGAAGGCAGACACACACAAGAAGAUGACAGAGUUCUGAGCUGUGUACUGUAUAUAUCCUGUAUAGAGCAAUAUGUAUAUUCCCUUCCCCAGCUGGACUAUUACAAUUGUUUUUGUGGACAAAAAAUAAAUAUUUUUUUUUUAUACAAUGUUCUAUGAGAUUCUCCUAUUGGGGCGGCCCGGUCCCCACACCUGUGUACG